AUGGUAACAUUGAAUAUUGAUAAGAAAUUACAGCCAUUAUAUAAUGUUGACCAUGGUGACCACGAACCUGAUACAUCUGAUGAAUAUCCUAAUACAUGGUAUAUAAUUACCCUUUCAAAAGAGUUGGCAUUAAAUUCUGUGAAAGCGAUACAACUUUGCGGCCAACAGUUGGUGCUAUUCCGGGGCCCGUCGGGUGUCGUCCACUGUUUGUUCGCCUAUUGUCCACAUUUGGGCGCAAAUCUCGGUGUCGGCGGACAUGUGGUGACUGAGUCAGAGUCGGGCGACGACUGUAUUCAGUGUCCAUUCCAUGGCUGGAGGUUUGGCGCAGACGGACAGUGCAAACGCAUACCUAAUCUCAAUAACAAAGAACUGGGUCAAUUAAAUGAGAGACAAAUAAUGGAAAAUGGAGUGGACAUGCACCAUUUCACUUAUACGCAUCCAACCCUGAUUAACAAUGCGCUGACCACCGAAUACUUGUGGACCAGUCAACAGUCCAAAAACAUUGCGAUCAUGAUGACAAUGAAAUUGUUUGACGAUGGUCCAAUCUGGGUGAAUAUGAAACCACAAGCAAACCCGAAAUUCACUAAAAAUGAUGCCCUAAUUGUCACUUGUUUAUGUUUAGAUGUCUACGUGAAUGCAGCUAAUAUUACAAUGCAAGAAUUUGAUAAAGCUAUGAAGAGGAUUACGGCGUAUCGGCCGACCAUAGUUGAUUCAUGCACAAAAUUGAACAAUACCAAUUCAAGUAGCCCUGUACCAAGCGCAUUCAAAGAAUUAUAUGAGCUUAACAACGAGAUGAUUCCGGCACGCAAAAAUUUUACCCGAGCUAUGGUUCACGCGGCCCGACCCGGACACGGAUAUACUUUUUUGGGCAAAUGGGUUGACACGACAGCAAAGGUGCUAAAGAAUCCAAUGACUCAAACCAUAUUUAAAUUACACUUAAAUUCGUUGACACAAUUGAUUGAAUACAAUACAGUCAAACCCAGUGCCGAUUGUGAUUGGUCACAAAUACCUGAACCCCAGGAGCCACACUUGAAAUCUGUGUUCAUGAUGCUUUAUUUGGCAAUUAAUAACUCUCAGCCCGAAAAUAUGUACACUGCAAUUACAAUGCCAGAAAUAGAUAAAGUUCUAGUUAGCUCAAUUGGUUAUGGCGAUCCCGACCAUCCAAUGUUUAAAACUUUCGAUGACAUCAAAAAUAGCCCUGUACCAAGAGCAUUCAGAGAAUUAUACGAGCUUAACAACGAGAUGAUACCUGCCCGCAGGAAUUUCACCCGGGCUAUGGUUCACGCGGGCCGACCCGGACAGGGAUAUACGUUACCCAAAAUAUACUGUUACAAUUGUUUAAACUGCACAACUCAACAAAAAGAAAAACAUAUGUUAUUUACACAAAAUUUCAUCAUGGGCGACAAAACAAACAUUAAGCACUGGCACCCGGCGCUGGACACUCUGGAAACGGCGUUCCCGUACGCGCGCAACGCCAUAGACAACGGUCGGCACGUCGAGCGCCAAGCGGUCGACUGGGCGUUCGCGGCGAGCGGUCUGUCUAGAGAGCGGUACCGACGGGUGGAGUGUGUCGUAGUGAUGGUCGCCUACUGUUUCCCGCACUGCGCAGACUCCGACCGAUACCGGGCUCUAUGCCAGGCGGCGCUCAACGAGUUUGCUAUUGACGAUCACUUGGACACGCCGUACGGCGACUGCGCCGGCGAUGUGGCCAAAGCGCGCGCUGUAUGCGACCAAUUGACGGACGCGAUUGUAGAGGUGUGCGCAGACGCCGAGCCCGACCGAGUCGACGGCGCGUGCGCAAACGUACAGCGCACGCGCGCUAAUGACAACCAUAAUCCGUUGUACGUGGUGGCUGAGCGCGAUGUCUACGCGCGCAUUGCGGCCACUUAUAAUGCCGUCCAGAGGGGUCGUUUGGUCCGGGCGUACACUCGGUUCAUAAAUGGUUGGAUUGGUGAGCGCGAGGCUGUAGUCGAAAUGCGCUCGUUUUGCCACUUGGACGAUUUUAUGAAAUUGCGCGUGGAAUCGUCGGGCAUUUUUCUAUAUUUUCAAUUAAUUGAAUUCGCGGCCAAUAUAUACGUACCGGACGAGGACUGGCGCCACCCGGAGCUCGAGCGCCUGUCGUGCUUGUUAAUCCGGGCCGGCAUUAUGUGCAGCGAUUUAUAUUCGUACGGUAAAGAGUUGUCAGCCGCUGGCGGUCGCGCGCACCUUGUGUUCAAUUGCGUGUCAGUCGUGUCCGUUGGCCAGGGGUUGACGAUAGACGCGGCCGUUGAACGCGUGGUCGACGAGUGGCGAGCGGUGGAGAACGCGGCGCUGGCGUUGUAUCGCCGUUUGCGGGCCGAACGGUGGGCGGGACAACACACCGGCCAAUACGUGCGCGAUAUGAUGUACGUGAUUGGCGGCUAUUGGAAAGCGGCCUCAACCAGUUAUAGAUAUAUUACCAUCUAG